CCCAACACUGGCUCUCCAUGCACGUGCAGUGACGUUCAGCUCCACACCUCACUCUUCCCUCCAUUCUCUCUUGCCCAGGACCCUUCGGUAUAGCCGGUAUUUUGGGGGCUCACUCACUCGGCCCGGAACGUCCUGCACUCACCAGCAUUCCAGGGGCUUCCUCCCUAUUUCGUCCGUGACCAAAACUGACCAAUCAUGAGUAGCCUUGAGGAACGCCGUGAAGCCCGUCGCAGACGUCGCCAGCAGGAGGAAGGGGGAGAAGAAGAGGCCCCAGCAGAAGACACUAGCAGCCGCCGCUCCAGAAGAAGGGGCGAAGACGAAGAGGAGGCCACCGAG